GAUACUAUACGUGGCUUCACAGCUGAGUGCUGGGGUGUUUACUGGGAUGCAGUGUUUCACAUUAUAAUGUAGUCAGAAAUCCUCCUGUCACUGACUGAAGCUGGUCACCAGAGGACACACUCGUAUACAGUCGUUGCAUAUGUUUUAAUGAUGGCAGAGGGCAGUAGGUGUUUUCGGAUUAGGUUUGACUGACGCCACGGAGGCGGUAACGUCCUGGCUGACAACUAGCGCACGAGCAGCUCCUCCAGAAGGCUCCCGCGGUUCACCUCCACCCUCCGCCGGCUGCUAUGGCGGACUUCGGCUCUUCGGUUGAAUUCUCCGGCUCUCUCUCCAGCUCCACUCUUCCGCCGCCGAGGACUCGCAUCUUUAAAAUCAUCGUGAUCGGUGACUCUGGGGUGGGGAAGACCUGCCUCACCUACCGCUUCUGUGCCGGCAAGUUCCCGGAGAAGACCGAGGCCACGAUCGGGGUGGACUUCAGGGAGAGGCUGGUGGAGAUCGACGGCGAGAAAAUCAAGAUCCAGUUGUGGGACACUGCGGGCCAAGAACGCUUCAGGAAGUCCAUGGUGCAGCAUUACUACCGCAACGUUCACGCUGUUGUUUUUGUCUAUGAUGUCACCAAUGCGGUCAGCUUCCGCAGCCUUCCUGCCUGGAUCGAGGAGUGUAAGCAGCACGCUUUGGGCACAGAAGUGCCUCGGAUCCUAGUUGGAAACAAGUGCGACCUCCAGGACUCCGUUCAAGUGGGUACAGAUGUGGCGCAGCAGUUCGCAGACGCCCACUCCAUGCCGCUGUUUGAGACGUCGGCAAAGAACCCAAGCAGCAACGAUGACGGAAGCUGCCAAAACAGUGACCACGUUGAGGCUAUUUUUAUGACGGUGGCUCACAAGCUGAAAUCCCAGAAGCCCCUGGUGUUGAGCCAGCCACCUGGUGGAUCAGGAGACACGGUCAACCUUAGCAGGGGCAGGGAUAAUGGGGCCAAUGGGGCCAAUGGGGCCAGGAGCUGGGGCUGCAGUAGCUGCUGAGGGAGAACAUCCUGAGGUCACACAUGUUCAAGACAGGAGGAGUUCAGACAGCAGAGAUGUGGAUCCAUCUAAACAGUCUCACAGUCAAACACACACAUGAAUGUGAAGAGGGGAGCUUUUCCAGCACUUGUGCUUAGCUUUAGAAAUGACUAUACAUGAUUUCUGGGGUAAUAUUUAUGAUGAUUUCUACAUUAUGAUUUUCAGAUUCGACUGUUGUUGUUUUUUUUUUAACCUGCCCCUGUAGAAGCCAAUAAUGUAAUAACAGCCAAUAAUGUAAUAAAUUUGCCAUUUUUAAAAUGUAGUAAGC